UAAUCAUUAACCAGUUCAUAUUUUCAUAAAAUUAUCGGUAAAAUUGUACCUUAAAAGUUAAAACGUUAUGUAACUAUUAGCUAAUAAUAAUUAAAUUAUCAGAAAUAAGAAUCAUACUAAUUUAUGGUGUUCCCUGUUUGGUAAUAGUUUAAACUAAUCUAUAGAUUAACGACGUACAAUUUUGAAACACCAAUUAAAAAAUUUUAAUAAAAAGGUAUAUUCAAGUAUUGCAGUUCUAAUCAAAAUAUGUGUUACGUAAUCGAUGUUUUUGUCUAAUAAUCUCGUGAAAUUCGGUUCUUACUUUUUAUUAUUUUAUUUGUGACUUUUGUAUAAGUAUAUAAAAUGGAAGAAAUUGAUGCAAUAAUAUUUUGUACUCUAAAAGAGAUUGGCUGUGAAUUCUCAGAAAAUGAAACUGCUUUUACAAAUAUAGCUCAAGAAAAUUUAAUAAAAGCUAUAAUAAUGUGUUUACAAAAAAUUCAGCCAACAAUAAACUUAUCUUUUACAAUUCCUCGAUCUAUGUCUGCUAGAUACCAAUAUGGUAUCACUGUAGCAGAUGCUUGUAAGAAAGUCGGUUUCAAGUCUGACAUAGGAUAUCAAACAAUUUUAUAUGGAAAUAUUGUAGAUAUGAGAAGAAUAUUAAUGUUUUUAAUUGAAAAAUUACCUAAAGAAAUUGAAAAUAUCAUAGAAUAUAGAAGUAAACGAUGUACAAUAUUAAAAAAACUCAAAAAAAGCUUAUCAGCUAAAAGAAAACCAUUGAACUCUUCAUUAUUUCCAAACUAUUCAUAUGUCUCAGUACCUUUAGAAACUGGUGUAACUGUACCAGGACAUAAAAGAAACUGUACACCUGCUGAAUGGAGAAAUGUUUGUAUUAAUAGCUUAAAAUAUAUUACUGAACAACCAUCGGAUUUGAAAUAUUUAAUUCCUUCAUUGAUUACACACAAUACAAAAAGAUUGCUGAAUAUUUAUGAGUUUGAACUUAGAACAACAGAUGAUUUAUCAGAGUCUAGAAUAUUGAAAGAGAAAAUUGAAAAAAUCAAUUCUAAACAAUCAGAUUAUCUUAAUCCUGUGGUUAAAAAUGUAUCUAAAGAUCAGGUUGAAAAAAUAUCAGAGGAAUCUGAAUCAGCAUAUAUUGAAGAGCUAGUUUCCAAAAAUAAUGAACUAAAAAAUUUAACCCUAAAACAACAUUCCACCAAAAUAAAUCUCAUGUUGAAAUUAGAAAAACUAGAAAAAGAAAUUGCUGUUCAAGAAAAAAGUUUAAAUAUUAUUGAUAAUCCCGAGGUUAUUACUAAAUUAAAAAAUAAAGUUGAUGCGGCACCAGAUAAAGUAAAAAGAAUGGGCAAUAAAUGGAGUAAAUAUGAAAUUGAACAGAAAUUAAUUUUAUCAGAGCUAACCGAUGAACUAAAUAAAAAACGAGCCAAAAAUAUUAAACUAGAAACGGUGCAUGGAAAUGAAAAGUUGAAGUUACAAAAUAUUUUUGAAGAUAUACAAAAAAAAGAAGAUAUUAUCAAAAUUUGUAGGAAUGAUUUAGACUCAAAGCCAAAUUAUAAUUCAAGAUCAAGUUAUACACAAAGAAUAUUAGAAAUUAUAUCUAAUAUUGAAAAACAGAAAAAAGAAAUUAAUAAAAAUUUGAAUGAUACCAGGCAAGUUCAAAAAGAAAUAAAUUCUUUAGAUGGUAAAGUAGAACGAUGUUUUAUUUCAAUUGAUGAAUUGAUGUUUAAGGUAGCAAAAAAAGAUGAUAUAAUCCGAAAAUGUUAUAAACUAUUAGCUGCUAUUCAUUCUAACAGUUCAAGUAUUAUAACAUCUGUAAAACAAACAGGCACCAUUGGAAGAGAAAUUAAAGAUUUAGAAGAACAGAUUGAAAAUGAAAAUCCUCAUCAAGCCACAGCUAAUGUACAAAAACUUAGAAAAGAUUUAGAGCUUGUUAAAAAUGAGCAACUAUUAUUGUUAAAAAAAAUUAAAAAUUAAAACAAUUAAGCUUUUUUAAUGAAUUCCAUCAAGUACUAAGCAUUUAUUCAGUAUAUUUUGUAUCAAUUGUCGGUUUUGACCAAUCAUCAACAAAUUAUUCACUUAAUAAUUAUUAUUCUUUGUCAUUUUUAUACAUUAAUAAUAUUUAAAAUGUCUUUUGUAAUAAAAGUAAUUUGUUUUAGCUUAGUAAUAAGUUAAGCUUUA